CUCUAUUGUGUCUGUGUUGUUUCCUCCUUUAAUAGAGUGCUUGUUUUGGUGGGUUUUGUGUUAGUUUUUAUGUUCCCUUUGAUAGUUCAUGUAAAUCCAAAGGGAUGUGAGUGGAGCUUGUACCGGUUUUAUUAUUUAUUUAUAUAAUAUUCAUUGUUUUUGGCGAAAAAUAAAUAAUACAUUUCCAAUUGCCUGCUGAUUCAAAAAAUCCAAAAAUCAAAUAAACAAACAUGCAAGUGGAGAUGGAGACGACGAAAAUAAUUUAUUUAGCAUGUUCUCAUCUGCAAAGGUCAUCUAAAUAUCUAAUUGUGUUUACACUAAUAGAUUUGAGACCUCAAUCCACGUUGUAAAGACAAAUCUGAUGAUCUCUUGGGUUUCCAUACUGUGACCAACAAAAAUGGAUGCAAUUCCAAGCGUUGCACAAAUUUCACUAGGAACUGCGGUUUCAAUCUUUUGUAUUGGGCUGUUUACUCUGUGGCUCAUCAAUGGAUAUCUCAAGAAAGGCUGGAAAUUGAAGACAUCUUCAGGCCUCACUCCUCCACCUGAAAUACCGGGCUUACCCGUGAUUGGGAAUUUACUGCAACUGAGAAACAAGAAACCUUACAAGACUUUUAUUAGGUGGGCCGAGAAAUAUGGCCCAAUAUACUCUAUUCGAAUUGGCUCCAAGACAAUUGUUGUGCUCAACUCUAUUGAUGUUGCCAAGGAGGCUAUGGUGACUAGAUUCUCAUCAAUCUCGACAAGAAAGCUUUCAAAUGCAAUAAAGAUUAUUUCUUGUGAUAAAAACGUGAUUUCAGUCUGUGAUUAUGGUGAAUUUCAUAAGACAUUGAAGAGGCAUAUUAUCAAUAGUAUGUUGGGACCUAAUGCUCUGAAACAACAUCAAAUUCGCAGGGAUACAAUGAUAGAAAACCUGUCGAAGCAAUUGCAAGCUUGUCUGAAAGAAAAUCCUCUGACAGCUGUAAAUUUCAGAAAAAUAUUCCAGUCUGAACUUUUCGGACUGACAUUAAAACAAGUUUUUGGACAAGAUGUGGAAUCUAUAUAUGUCGAAAAACUUCAAACAACAUUGUCUAAGCAAAAUAUUUUCGAAAUUUUAGUAGUCGACCCUAUGAAAGGCCUCAUUGAGGUAGACUGGAGGGAUUUCUUCCCAUAUCUAAAAUGGAUACCAAACAAGUCUUUCGAGAAUAAUAUCCAGCGAAUGUAUUCUCGUAGGGAGGCCGUGAUGACCGUGCUCAUCAACGAACAAAAAAAACGGAUUUCUCGUGGGGAGGAAGUGAAUUGUUACCUCGACUAUUUGUUAUCUGAAGAAAAAACAUUAUCCGAACAACAGAGGCUCGUGCUGCUAUGGGAGGCCACAUUCACAUCAUCAGAUACUGUUUUGGUCACAACUGAGUGGGCCAUGUUUGAACUUGCUAAAGAUCCAGAACGACAGGAUCGUCUGUAUCGAGAAAUUCAAAGUGUUUGUGGAAAUGAAAAAAUCAUGGAGAAAAAGAUAGGCGAACUUCCGUUCUUGUCCGCCGUUUUUCAUGAGACUUUGAGAAAGUAUAGUCCAGCUCCUAUAAUUCCUCCGAGAUAUGUUCACGAAGAUACACAAAUAGGAGGAUAUCAUAUUCGAGCAGGAACUGAGAUUGCUAUUAAUAUCUUCGGAUGUAAUACGGACAAGAAAGUAUGGGAAAAUCCUGAAUGUUGGAACCCCGAGAGAUUUCUUGAUGAGAAAUAUGAAAUGAUAGAUUUACACAAAACUAUGGCUUUUGGAGCUGGGAAAAGGCUGUGCCCUGGGGCGUUAAUGGCAAUGCUGGUAUCUUGCUUGACAAUAGGUCGUUUAGUUCAGGACUUUGAAUGGAGGCUUAAGGAUGGAGAAGAAGAAAAUGUUGAUAUGAUCGGGUUGAUAACUCAGAAGUCUCAUCCAUUGCAAGUUAUUUUAAAGCCAAGAAAUUGAUUAAGCUCAAUCAUGGAAUUUACUCGGCGCCAAGUCAAGUGUGGUUCAAACUUGAGAUUUCAAUUUUUUUUUUUUUCUUUUUUCUUGAUACGUUAUUAGAACCUCGGUGAAGCUAUAAUAGCUUCAUGGAUAUUUCACUUGCUUAUUCCUCUUUAUGUUUAUCAUAUUUUCAAUAUUUUUUUUAUGAGCAGUCUCUAUGCUUAUAAUGGUUU